GUCUCCCUUUAUAUUGGCCACCUCCGGACACUAUCAUCACUUGUCGGCCAAUAUUCUCCCUCCCUCCCUCCCUCCCUCCCUCUCUCUCUCUCAAAAGAACACCACGCCCCCACUCUUUCUCUGCAAAUUAGGAUUAAUAUUCAUCACUAAAACCAUACUUCAAACGAUUAGAUAAUACAAGCUUGCAAAACCAUACAAACAAUUUUUUAUCCUAUCAAAUUGUAGAUUUUUAGUGCCACCAUGAAACACCAAGACCUCAACCUUCAAAGAAGCACCAGUACUACUUCCAUAUCAAGAAGUACUUCGAGAAAGAUCAUCCCAUCCAACCACUUCAGAUCUUCAUCAUCAACUUUCCCACUUAACCAUCUUCAAAACGACGACGUCGCCAACAACCUUUUGGUUCCGAAACACCAAUCGCCAGUCUCCUUCCACCACCUCUCCAAAACCCAAACAAAACUCACCUCACUCCUCCGCUCUUUCCUCAGCUUCCUCUCCUUCCCCACCAUUAUCCCAACAUGCAAAUGGCUCGCCCUCACCUCCAACCUCUCCGUCACUCCCUCCCUUGGCCGAAAAGUCACCGGCACACUCUUCGGAAACCGCCGUGGCCACGUCAGCUUCGCCGUCCAGCUGGACCCACAGUCGGAGCCUGUUUUUCUUCUCGAGCUUGCCAUGUCAACGUCUUCACUCGUUAAAGAGAUGUCUUCCGGGCUCGUGCGCAUUGCUCUCGAGUCUGAAAAGCAACAGGGUUCUGGCCGUACAGGUAUGCAUGGUCGGAAGCUGUUUCAGGAGCCUUCAUGGACUAUGUAUUGUAACGGGAGGAAGUGUGGGUAUGCGGCGUCUCGCACAUGCGGCGAGUCAGACUGGCACGUGCUGAGGACUAUUCGAAGCGUGUCGGUCGGAGCCGGCGUGAUUCCAGUGGUGGACGACGGAAAAAAGGGUGGCGCGUCUGAAGGUGAGUUGCUUUAUAUGAGAGCUAGGUUUGAACGAGUCGUGGGAAGCCGUGACUCGGAGGCCUUUUACAUGUUGAACCCUGAGGGUAAUGGAGGUCCUGAACUCAGUAUCUUUUUACUCAGAAUAUGAAAGUGAAGAAAAAUAAAAGGAAAAGAAAUUAAAUUGUAGGUGAGAGAGAUAUAGUUUUUAGGUGAUUUGAUCGCAAGUUGCAGAAGUGAAUGCUAGCUUAGUGACUACUUUUAUAUAAUUUACAGCUUUGAAAAUGUAAGAACAUGUGAUUUUAUAUGUUAUAAAUAUCUUCAUGUAUAUGCAGUUGAUAUAGAUACUCUUGGACUUGAUAUCAUUCACAUGAUAUGCAAUAAAAAAGCUGGUGGUGGCUAGCUAAUUUUCUCUCUA